AUAACCUUCACUCUUAUUUCACAGUUUAGUCAUCAUACUUUUGUUGCGCCGAUGUGGUUUCUCGCAUUCGAGAUUUAAUGACAAGAUCAAAUCUAAUCUGACCCAGAAUUUUGUCGGAGCCUCCCUCUCAAACACUUUAAAAAACAAACACCACAAUCUCUGCAAACAUCUGUCUGUUUGUACUUCAAGAACAAUCGGUCUGAAUCAGAACUGAUAUCUGUAGUCCACACCUACAAUUUUGCAGAUAACAACCAAUAUAAAUUAUGGAUCUGUCACUGAGGACUUCACAUUUGUAACCAUCGGAGUCUUUGCAGCAGAUUUCUCCUGGUUGUAAGAUUGGUCAAAUUUCUGCAAGAAUGGCAGCUGGUCACAAGUGUCUUCUUUACAGCUACGUCUUGCUGUCUGUCGCUUAUUUGUGUCAUGGAAAAGACCUCUACUUCAAUGACGAUAACAACCUGAUUCUCCCGGGGUCCUACAACGUUCCAUGGAUGGCAGCCAUCCAGGAUUUCCGCACCCUCUCUCUCAUCACCAUCCCCGGUACACAUGACAGCAUGGCCCUGUACGGAGGUCCAGAGGUUGAACGCCAGGCCUGGUCCCUGAGGGAUCAGCUUAGGGCCGGCAUUCGUUUCCUGGAUCUCAAAGUGAUUGGACUGGGUGACACCCUCUACGUCAUGCACGGGGUGGUUUACCAGCACAGCACCCUGAAGGAAGUCCUCGACACUGUGCGAGCCUUCCUGUCAGAGUUUAAGUCUGAGGCGGUGCUCAUCAGGGUGCAGCCAGAGUCUUUUGAGAAGAGCACCGUCAAUAAAAUGGUGCAGAAUCUGAUUGGCAAUGACCAAAAUGUCUGGGUGUCCUCGGGAAUGCCAAGCAUGGGUCAGAUCAGGGGGAAAAUUGUGUUUGUGCAGAAGAGCACGUUCACACUUGGAAUUCCCUUCAUAGAUACAGACGGGAAAGGCAGCGGCAAGGUCAGCCACAUUAAAGACAAAGACAACAGAAUAAUCAAGCAGCUAAAUCAAGCUGCUGAAGCUUGUGGAGGCAGUAAUGCUGUUUUGACCACCACCAGCGGCUCUGGCUUGGGGACUUUCUGGGGAAUGUUUCUGACUCCUAAGAGAGUCGCUGAAAAGGUAAACCCAUGGCUCAACCAGUACAUCAGACAGUUUUACCCGAACCAGCCCAGACCAUGCUUUGCAAUCAUUGCCAUGGACUUCCCCGGUAUUGAGCUCAUUCAAACUAUUAUCAAUUUAAACUGGUGGUAAAGCUUCAAUACUAAUGCACACUGUGCUCCAUUAUGUGUUUCAGAGGUUGAAUCUGAUGGUUCUCUAUGAAAUCUUUCCUGCAUCUUUCUGAUCACAUGUCUCUGUUCACACUACAAUAUAGAUAAAUAUUCUUGAAAUCCUGGUAAAAUCUGGUUACUCUCCUUGUCUUUGUCAGUUGUGUCCAAACCUGUGUAAUUUUGGAAGAAAUGGCCGUGAUGUGUUCUGACUGUAACUAUGGGAAA